AUGGUCAACCCCCACUCUACUUGGUUAAUAACUGGUGCUUCCUCUGGUUUGGGCAAAGCGCUUGCCUCCGAAGCUCUCAAGGCUGGCUACAAGGUUCUCGGAACCACACGCGACGUCGGCAAGGCUGAAACCGCCUACCCUGACUUUUCGGCUGAAGGUGGUAUUUGGAUAAGCUUAGAUCCCGCUCAGAAUGAUGCCUAUGAUCAAUUUGCGAAGUGCUCGAAGGAACAUAACGUGGGCGUUCUGGUCAACAAUGCAGGCUACGCUUUCAUAGGCGGCGUGGAAGAUACAAGUGAGACUGAAGUCCGCGACCAGAUGGAGGUGAAUUUUUAUGGACCUCUUCGCGCUGUCCAGGCUUGUCUGCCCGUCAUGCGUGCAAGGGGAUCUGGCCAUGUGAUUCUUAUUAGCAGUGGCGCUGGAUUCAUAGCACGUCCUGCACGAGGAACGUAUUCGGCUAGUAAAUUUGGCAUCGAGGCCAUUCACGAGUCACUUUCUCACGAGGUCAAAUCCUUCGGCAUCAAAGUGCUAAUUGUGGAGCCGGGUGCUUUCCGCACCCCAUUUUCCAGUCGCAUCAUCACCCCCGCUCGGUUUGAAAAUGGCUUCAGCGAGGGCUAUAAGGGCACCAUGGUUGAGCAGAUGGUCAAUGGAACUCGGCAGCUUGCAUCGCUCCCUGACUAUGUCAAAGGGGAUCCGAACAAAGCCGCACGGGCAAUCAUCAAGGCUACUGAGACAGGCUAUGAUUAUCUUCGUAUGCCACUUGGGAAGGAUUGUGUUGUCGCCUUGGAGACAAAAAUUGGCGAACUACAGAGAGAUCUAGAAGCCACGCGAUCAAUUGCCACAGCUACUGAUGUGGAUUAG